UUAGCUCUUCUUGUCGUCUCGGUAAAAUAACGCAGCGUCUAGUUGCAUUGUUGUGACAUUAAAACAUCGAGCAAGUUAAUUAUGAACCAGCGGGUUAUUGUUUUGCUAGCUAUUUGUUUUACAACGACAGCUUCCGAAAAUCAAAACAUUCAUCAGCCAGUUAUCAUUGGUGUUCCGGAACACAUAAGAGUACCGGUACCCGAGCCUUAUCUAGUCCAAUUCCAAGUUCCUCAUCCAUUCCCCGUGGAGGUAAUUAAGCAUGUGGAAGUCGCUGUUGAAAAACCAGAACCUGUUGUUGUUGAUAAACAGGUUCCUUACAUUGUAGAAAAGCCAUUUGCUGUUACAGUGGAGAAACAUUUUUCUGUAAUAAUACCAAAACCAUAUCCGGUCCAUGUUCCAGUCUACAAACACGUCUUUCACCAUCAGUUUAAAUCAAAAGGACGAAAGCAAUAAUUAUUAUAAAUAAAACUUAUUAAUAUUAAAUU